UUGUAGAUGUGGAAAGUCUUAUCAGUGAUAUAGACUCUGUGAACUCAGAAAUAAUGAAGUUUGAUUUGGUGGUUUUCGCUUUGAAUCGUGUUGGGUUUUAGGUGGACAAUGUCACAAGAGAGAGGAACAGAGAGCCAGAAGGUUUUGAAUGGAGAAGCGAGUGAGGAUGACUUUGAUUCCGAGAGUAAUUUGGUCCCAUUGUUCGCAGAAGAUGAAAGAGAUAAAGGUAAUGAUUCUCGCGCUAAAUCGGCUGAUGUUCUAUAUUUUCAAAACACCGCUGAAACAACGCUAUAUAAUUUCAGGAAGGAAUGGAAGUCAGAAUUAGAUUCUCGGUUGAAGGAAUCGAAUACGAUAUCAAUGGAAACUAGAAGCAGACAUGAGCAGUUGCUGCACGAUGCUGCAACAAAGCUGUUCUUGGAAGGUGUAGACUGCGAGAGACGAGGCGAUAUGUGGGAAGCAGUUCGGAGGUAUAUGGGUGCUGUGCGUAUGGUUCCCGAUAUUGAAUCAAGAUUGUACAGAGAUCGUACUUCAACGAACACGAUUGGGUCUAAUGAUCGCCACCGUUCUCAUUCAAGACCUCGUUGUAGUUCUCAUGGUUUAGAAAAAGUUCUUCGUAAACGACUUCUUGACAAGGGAAGAUUUUUUGAACCAGAAUUUCCAGAUGAGCCUUGCCCAUUCGCGCUUUUACCUAUGGAACUACUUUCCAUACUGAUGCGAUAUAUUGUUGGGAGCGAGCUUGAUGUGUACUGCCUGGAAUUGCUGUCGAUGACUUCAGCUGGAUUUUAUCUUCUUGCACGUGACGAAGAACUGUGGCAUGCAGUUUGUCGUCUGACUUUUGGCGCAAAAUAUAUAAACUCGACCUCAUGCUCCGCAUUAGUCAGUUGGCGUCAAAUGUAUAUAACAUGUCCACAUCCUUAUCUGCACGGAGUUUAUAUCGGGAAAAUGACAUAUCUGCGUAACGGAGAAGCAUCUUUUCAGGAUCAGUUCUACAAGCCUUGGCAUAUAGUCAUUUAUUAUCGGAUGUUGAGAUUUUUUGCAGAUGGUACAGUGAUCAUGAUUAUCACAUCUGAAGCGCCGGCACAAGUUGUGAGGCUUUUGAAAUCAAAAACUCCUCAUUUAGCUGGGGUUCUUUUUGGUCGUUACUGGAUGGUGGGUCAAGGUCGUAUAGCAGCACAGUUUCAUCGCCGUAACGAAAAAUCGCUGCAACGAGCGCGACCUAUCCACAAAUCGUUUCACCAAUUCCUACCCUAUGAAAUAGUGGAUCAGAAAUUUGACAUGGAAUUACAUUUUGGAGAUGGAAAGAAGCGAAGAGUUCAUUGUGUAUUACAAAUUUUUGAAUAUAAUUGUACAAUAACUUAUUUGGACGGUAAGGUGUCUAACAGUUGUUUGGAUACGACUGAUCAUCAGGCAUAUCCACCACUGUUUUUCAGUCGAGUAAGAAGCUAUGCUGUUCCCGAAGGAUACGAUGAAAUUUUAACUUAAAGGAAAUAGUUUAUUCGCAGUUUAUUAUUUCGGUUUCGUUAAUAUAAAUUAGUUGACGAUUGAUGCUAGGAUACAUGUUCUCAUUAAUAACAGCACACCGAAUGUGGUGAAAUUAUAUCACUUAUUUGUCAGGAGAGAUUAUGUUCGUAAUAAUAACAAAAUGAAUCGGCCGUUCACUUGUGGUGCUAACUUAUAGAAUUUAAUACCAUGAAGGGUUGCAUAUAGGAUAAACAGCCUUAGCUAAGUUUUUUGGCGCAUAAUUGCGCUUACUUCAACUAUUGGUACUUUCAUGAAAAUUGUAUGGCUG